ACGGGAAGCAACACUCAUACCUGGUAGACACCGGUGCCAGAAUGAACUUUAUAUCUUUGGCACGAUGGAAAGCGAUUGGUAAGCCACCAAUCCAACCGACUACAGAAGAAUAUCGUUCAGCAUCAGGACACAACAUACCAAUUCUGGGUACUACAUGCGUAGAAUCUUCUCUACUGACAGGGGAAGACAAGGAGGUUCUCAAAAAACAACUGGAAUUUACAGUUACGAAAUUGAACCUCAAUCUCAUUGGACUGCAAACAUUAUUGGAUUGCGAUAUCAGCAUACUAGACAGCCUCAUUUGCGAGACCGCACAGAACACAUCUGUGUGUACAGUCUCAGAUCACACAUCUCUCCAAAAAGCAUGUCAGCAACUCACACAAGAGUUUCCUGAUCUUUGGAAAAACGAGCUUGGAUGCCUCAAAGACUUUCAGUUGGAGGUGAAAUUCAAGUCAGACGCCAAACCAGUUUUCUGCAAACCGCGCACAGUGCCAUUUGCACUACUGGACGACCUGUCUCUAGCCUACAACAAGGGUAUUGACAGGGGCUUAUGGAAACGUGUGCAGUUUAAUGAUUACGGAACACCAGUCGUUCCAGUAAGGAAGUCACCAUCAGCUAGUCACCCGCAAGGAAGCAUCAGAGUGUGUGGAGAUUACUCUGUAACAGUAAAUCCGCAGCUGGAGACACAUCGGCACCCGCUGCCGCUUCCUGAAGAUCUCAUGCACAGAUUGGGCGGUGGUUACUAUUUCUCAAAGAUUGACUUAGCCGAUGCCUACAACCAAAUUCCACUUGGUCCAGAAAGUCAAAAACGACUUGCUCUCAGCACGCACAAAGGAAUGCUCUUGCAAAAACGCCUACCCUACGGUAUCAGUUCUGCACCAGGAUAUUUUCAGGAGAUCAUGGAACAGCUCACCAGUGAUCUCUCAGGAGUAGCAGUAUAUCUGGACGACAUACUCGUCAGCGGGAGAAAUGCAGAAGAUCACUUGCACAAUCUCCGAGGGCUACUCAAAAGACUCAAUGACAAGGGACUCAGAUGCAGACUUGAAAAAUGUGCUUUUGCUCAGUCGCGAAUCACAUACUUAGGCCAUACGCUUUCGCUACAAGGCCUUGCCAAGGGACCGAAGGUGGACGCGGUAAUGCAGAUGCCGCCACCAAAAGACGUUGCCACACUAAAGUCAUUUCUCGGAUCGAUUCAAUUCUACCGCAAGUUUCUGCCUAAUCUAGCGACGGCAGCAGAACCUUUGACACGACUCACUAGGAAGGACGUUCGAUGGAAAUGGACUACUACAGAACAAACAGCAUUCAAUGACCUGAAGGCAAUGCUGAACACGGACACGGUUCUGGCUCAUUUCAACCCAUCCUGUCCUAUCGGUAUUUCUUGUGACGCGUCAGAUGUUGGAAUUGGUGCUGUGUUGUUUCAUCGAUAUCCAGAUGGGAGCGAGCGACCAAUCGCCAACGCGUCCAAAACUCUUUCCUCAGCACAGAAGAAGUACUCACAAAUUCAGAAAGAAGCUUUGUCCAUCAUUUUCGCUCUACACAAGUUUCAUCAAUUUCUUUAUGGAAGACACUUCAUUCUCGUGACAGACCACAGACCUCUUCUUGCUAUGUUUGGUCCUCACAAAGCAACACCAGUCAUUGCUGCCAAUCGAUUAGCAAGAUGGGCUCUUAUGCUCAGUCAAUACGACUACACAAUCGAGUAUCGUGAAACGUCAAAGCAUGGCAAUGCGGAUGCCCUGAGUCGCCUACCGGCAGAAUCCGACCCCAACUUUGACAGAAAGGAAAGCGAUAGUGACAUCGACACGGUAUGUCUCAUCAACACUAUCAGCACUCAGAUCAAUUCCGGCGACCAGAACAAACUUCGAAAGGAGACCGCCAAGGAUCCAGUCAUAACCGAAGUUUUGAGAUACGUUAGAGAAGGGUGGCCAAAACAAGUUUCAGACUUACUCAAGGAUUUCAAGACAAAGGAAAACUCACUGACCACUAUCAACGGAUGCCUAAUGUAUGGAAAUCGCGUAGUGAUACCGCGAAGUCUACAACCGGAAGUGCUAAAAAUCCUACACGAAGGACAUUUUGGUAUGCAACGAAUGAAGCAACUUGCUCGGACAGCAGUCUAUUGGCCAAGAAUCGAUGCCGAUAUUCAAGACACUUGCCAUCGGUGCACAGCUUGUGCCGAACACCAGAACAAGCCUGCAAAAGCAGCAAAUCACCCGUGGAUGUUACCGGAAAAGCCGUGGAGUAGAGUACACGUUGAUCAUGCCAUUGAUUUUAUGGGACACAAUUGGCUUGUCGUUGUGGAUUCAUAUUCCAAGUACCCGUGUAUUCACCCCACCAGCUCAACUUCUACCAAGUCAACAACACGAUUACUUGAGGAAGAUUUCGCACAUUUUGGAUAUCCUCAUGCUCUUGUGUCUGACAAUGCUACUAGCUUCACGUCACAAGAAUUCAAGACUUGGUGCCAAGAGAGAAGGAUUGUUCAUUUGACUGGCGCACCAUAUCACCCAGCCACCAACGGUGCCGCUGAGAGGCUAGUACAAACGUUCAAAAAUUCCCUCAAGAAGUCCAGUAAACCACCCAGGGAAGCUCUCCAGGAGUUCCUUAUGCAAUACCGGCGAUCACCAUUACCCAGUGGCUACUCUCCCAGUGAGCUGCUCAACAACAGGUUGAUCAGAGCCAAAAUCGACACAUUGGUGCCAUCACCUGCUCAUGAGGCACAAGGUCGUCAGGCUAGGGAAGCCACGAAGUCACAGGCGAAGGAGUUCCAGAACGCUGUUCACAAGGUUAACAAUAAUUACUAUCAAGUGGGUAGACCGUGCUACGCUCUCUACUGUGGACCACGUCGCACCAGCGAUCCAAGAUGGGUUCCAGCUACAGUAAUUCGAGUGCACGGCUCACGAAGCGUGAACGUGAAAGUACACCCACGAGGGCCAAUCUGGCGGCGGCACAUCGAACAGCUGAGACCACGCUAUGGUGUAGAAGAAGACACAGAUCCAGGUACAGACCCAGAGGAUCUUAUACACGUGCCUUCACCAACCCUUCAACCAGAUGUUGAAACCAACAGCCAGGAAUGUCAACCAAGCGCACCUCAAUAUGGACCGGGCAACCCUCGACGAUCUACAAGGAUUCGUAAACCAAAGAAGGUUUGGAAUUGCUGACGUCUUGUCCACCUUCAUAAGAUCGAGUUCAAGACUAAAGGGGGAGGUGUUCUGGAAACUUCCGGAACAUUGACACGUAGUAGCUAUAACCAGUUAGUUCCGGUACUAGGUAGUUAUUUUAGCUCUCUAGAUGUUUCUAGAACGUCUAACUAACAGGUAUAUAAACGGUGCUACAUAGAGUAAGAGACAGAGUGCGAGUUGAGUUGAUACGACGUUUGUAGUUCUUAGUGUGCUUUGUAUUAGAGUAUACAUAUUUCGAAAUUCC